CUAAGUCACUUUCCUCGGAAUCCCGGUCGGGGGUUGAUAUUUUCCAGUAGGCUCAACCCUCAGUCCGCCAAAGUCUCGCGGAGGGAAUUCGCUUGGAUCGAGCCCGCGCGCCCGACUACGGAAUUUAUUGUGAAUGAUUGAAUAACCAUCCAGAGAGUCAUUUGUUUUCACUGAAGUGAUGCGACUGAGAAUCAGUGCUUGUUGAGUGGUGGUGCGUGUUUUUGGGUUGAUUGAUUCCAUUAUUUUUGUUAAGAGCUUUUUAAUGAACAGUUUGGUGGAGUAACGGGCGUUAAAUCUCUCGUUUAGCGGUUAGCAUUGGAGAGCCAGGAAUUUAGACGUCAUCCAGGCAUGAUUUGAACAACAAGGGGGUGCGCGCUAUAGCGCGAAUGGUGCGCCGACAUGGGGGGGCCGCGGCGCGUGUCGAGUGCACUGCUGCUGCCCUUCGCGCUGCUCGCGCUCCCAACAUCCGAUGCCAAUGCCACCACAUACCGGGAAGAUGUAGAGUCAUCGUUGCGACUAGUGCACGCAGUGGCAUCGGGCGCGACUGGUGCUCUAUGCGUGACGCAUCGGUACGGAAGAUUGCGCGCUCCCCUGCACGCGGCGCGCUGGGACACGGUGAAAGCACGCGCAGACCUGGCUGCGAACGUGCUUCAUCAGCUGGGGUUGGAAACUGCUGAAACCCUAAUGGCAGUAUCUCAAGGGCUGGUGAUGGGGUCAGAACGCGCGGUGGGCUCUCGAGCGCUGGCGCUUCGGUCCGAUGGGGUGGUCAACAGUGCGGUGGCCUGGGAGCGCUACGGCACUGCGGAACCGGUGCCCGUGGUAACACCACAACUGGAAAAACCGCCUGACCCUGAAUAUCCUUGGUACGUUUCGGCACACAAUAGUGAAUCUCUUCGUUCAUCCAAAUUUAUGCCUUCUCCGAUUGGAGUCCAAAUGGAAGGCUGGUGGACGUAUCCUUAUUACAGUUGUGAAGCAAAACGGUGGCUACUCUCGUACACUGUUCCAGUCUCAACAGUUCGUGGUUUGAAAGGUGUAGUCUCCCUUGAUAUUGAUAUAUCAAAUUUGGAAAUAAAUCAAUGUGAAGCAGAAGUUGAAGAUGACUGUAGUAAUCAGAUUUAUUCAUUCCAUGGUACGCACAAGUGCCCAAACGAAACUACUUAUUGUGAAUAUAGACCAAAUCGAGAAGUAAGUGCACGGCAUGCCGGUUGGGCGCGUGGGUUGUAUAUUUGUAAGUGCAGACCUGGAUAUUACUCCACAAAUCAUCCAGAAGGAUUUAAUGGAUCAUUAGUAGAAGUUGCAUACCAAGAGUUUGAAGAAAACGGUGUGGAAAACUGGAGUGAACCUUACGAAUGCUUAAAAUGCCAGCCAGGAUGCGAAUCAUGCAAAGGACCGGAACCAUGCCUUGCAACUUACAACUGGCCAUUCCGGAUAUCACUAUUAGUAAUAUCAGUGAGCUGUGCGGUGAUGACGGUAUGCCUGACGAUCUACACACGCCACCACCGUCGUGUGAAGGUCUUCCGUGUGGCCAGCCCUGUAUUCCUCUCAAUCACCUUGCUAGGCUGUGCUAUAAUGUACAUGGAGAUGGCAGCAAUAUUCCCAGUACUUGAUAGAUAUUCAUGCAUCGCUACAAAAUGGACUCGCCACAUGGGUUUCUGCAUAACUUAUACUGCCCUGCUCAUGAAGACUUGGAGGGUUUCACUCACAUACAGAGUGAAGUCGGCCCAUAAACUGAAACUGACUGACAAGCAACUGCUGCAAUGGAUGGCUCCGAUACUGCUCAUCAUGCUGGUCUACCUUUGUACUUGGACUUUAUCCUCUCCACCUGAUGCUGAAGUUAUAACUGACAACAAAGGUCUCAAGUUCAAACAAUGCACAUACAAUUGGUGGGACCACAGUUUAGCUAUAGGGGAAAUAUUGUUUCUGCUUUGGGGCGUUCGCGUCUGCUACAGAGUGCGACAUGCAGAGAGCUUGUACAACGAAGCGAGGCUCAUCUCUAUCGCGAUAUACAACAUAUUUACUGUCAACUCUCUUAUGAUCGCUUUCCAUUUACUAAUUUUGCCAAGAGCUGGGCCAGACAUCAAAUACCUGCUCGGUUUCAUCAGAACCCAGCUGUCUACAUCCACUACAGUGCUGUUAGUUUUCUUGCCAAAGGUGCUUCGCGUAGUCCGCGGCACAGGCGACACCUGGGACAGCCGGGCUCGGGCCCGGGGCGUGCCGGCGUCGUCGUCGCUCAACGGCAUAGGGCUGGUGCCAGACGAGCCGCCCGACUUGUACCAGGAGAACGAGGAGCUCAAGGAGGAGGUCCAAAAGCUAGCAGCCCAGAUAGAGUUUAUGAAGAUAGUUCAGAUGGAGAUGCACAACCGUCACUUACGGCCAAGGCCUGGCGGUUACUUCACGACCACCGCCAACGCAGCGCCGCAGAGCCCCAUGCAUCCCACGGUGAACAUCUCACAGGUAUAA